GGCCCCCGGCAGCCAGCGGGACAGAACGCACAGAGCCGCCGCCCGGCCGGCGGUGGAUGGAGGUAACGGAGACCGCGCGGCGCCGGGAGUGAGCGGCCAAGCGGUCGAGCGGCCGGACCCCAGCGGACUCGUCAUGGAAGAGGAGGGCGUGAAGGAGGGGGGCCAGAAGCCUCGGGGAGCGCAGACAGUGGACAAGGCUGGCUGGAUCAAGAAGAGCAGCGGGGGCUUCCUGGGCCUCUGGAAAGACCGCUACCUGCUCCUCUGCCAGGCCCAGCUGCUGGUCUACGAGAACGAGGAUGAGCAGAAGUGUGUGGAGACAGUGGAGCUGGGCAGCUAUGAGAAGUGCCAGGACCUUCGUGCCCUCCUCAAGCGGAAACACCGCUUUAUCCUGCUGCGGUCCCCAGGGAACAAGGUCAGCGACAUCAAGUUCCAGGCACCCAAUGGGGAGGAGAAGGAAUCCUGGAUCAAAGCCCUCAAUGAAGGGAUCAACCGAGGCAAGAACAAGGCUUUCGACGAGGUAAAGGUGGACAAGAGCUGUGCCCUGGAGCAUGUGACUCGGGACCGCGUACGUGGGGGUCAGCGGCGCCGGCCCCCUACAAGAGUCCACCUGAAGGAGGUAGCCAGUGCAGCAUCCGAUGGGCUUUCGCGCCUGGACCUUGAUGUUCCUGACAGCGGGCUGCCAGUGUUUUCCCCCAGCAAUGAUGUCAGUGCAGCCCAGCCCCGGGAGACACCCCAGCCGCCCAUGCCUCCUACCAAGACUUCCGCAGUGCCUGAGACGACCAGUCUUGGUGACGGAGUGGAGACCCCUGUAGGGGAGAGAGCCUCAACCCCUGUCCCAGCAAGCUCUGAGGCCCACCCUGAAAGCCGAGAAGACUCAGAGACUCCAGUGGGGGAGGACAGGGGCUCUGAGCAGCCCCCCAACAGGGUCCUGCCUGACAAACUGAAGGUGAGCUGGGAGAGCCCCAGCCCUGAGGAGCCCCCUGACCCUGAAAGUACAGAACCACCCCAGGUGCCCGAUUCUGGGACUUCCAAGGCCGUGCCUAAGGAGGGUGGGAAGCCCCCUACACCCCCACCCAAGAUCUUAUCGGAGAAACUGAGAGCCUCCAUGAGUGGCGUGCAGGCUUCUGGGCCAGCCCAGAGUCCUGGGGCCUCUGAGACCUCUGCCCAAGGCCCGGCACAGGUCUCGGUGAAUGGUAUGGAUGACAUCCCUGAGCCCAUCAAGCCAUCCCAGGAUGCAGGCACCCCAGGAACUUCCCCAAAGGAUGCAACAACGUCCACAGAUCUGCCCCGCUGGGACCUGCAGCCUCAGUUCCAUCCCCGCUGCUCCUCCCUGGGGGACCUGCUUGGGGAAGGCCCCCGACGUCCACGGCAGCCUAGGGAACAGCUGUAUCGGGCCCAGCUGGAGGUGAAGGUGGCCUCGGAACAGACGGAGAAACUGUUGAACAAGGUGCUGGGCAAUGAGCCGGCUGCUGGGAAUGCCGAGGCGCUGCUCAGCCAGGCUGUGGAGCAGCUGAGGCAGGCCACCCAGGUCCUUCAGGAGAUCAGAGAUCUGGGAGAGCUGAGCCAGGAAGCACCUGGGCUCCGGGAGAAGCAGAAGGAGCUGGUGACCCUCUACAGGAGAAGCGCACCCUAGGGCCUGCCAGCCCAGAGCAUGGUCCCCCCUGGCUGGCUCAGUCCAUUGGAGCCCAGCCCUGCCGAGAAAUGUGCUUCUUUCCAAGCUGUAGAAGGGCCAUCAGGCAUGUCAGGGUUUGGCCAGGACCUGCAGAGACUCCUGGGAUCCUUCUCGCCCUGCCCUGGCCAGAGGUGCCAAGUGCCACCCAGGGCUGCUCUCUGGCCGGGCCUCCAGCUCUGGGCUUGGUCUGGGAGCACACAUGUGGUACCUCUGUGCUGGCGUGGUCGUUCCGAACAGCCCCAGGGCCCUGGCACAGCGCUUGGGUUUUUGAGGGCGGUGCCAUCUCUGCUUCGCGCCCUCAAUAGUUUACAUUCCUGACUUCUGAAUAGAGCACAGCUGAGCCCCCUUGCCGCCUCCAUGUCCAGAUGUUCCCAGGCAGAGGCAGCUUCAAGCCAUAAGCAACCCUCCCCACCCCCCUAUUCCUAGUAGCUGCAGGGGCCUUGGGUCUAGACUAGAGGUUCAUCUUUCAGCUGAGUGAGACCUGGAACCCAGCUAGGGCCUCUGAAGGCAAGUGGGAGGCAUCUGUGUGAGAAAGCCAUUAGCUGUGGGGCCCCUCCCUGGGCCUGUUCCCUAUUCUGCAGGCCUUCCCUUCUGGUGAGCCGUGAUUGGAGGACUCCAGGGUGGAGGAGGAUCUUGAAGGGUCUUGUAGUCUAGUCCCUGCCCCUGGACCCGCUUGUGUCCAGCCUUGCACAUUCCUGUACAGGUGAACCCGAUGUCGACAUCAGAACAUCCUGUAUGUAAUUCAUUAUAAAUCAACCUUCAGAAGAGAAGCUGCCCCAACUUCUGUGCCUCCCAGAUGGGAUUUAUAUCUGGGUCUCUGUGGUUGCUUCUCAACCCAAACAGGUCCAAUAUCCCAGUUAUUUCUUCGAAUGCCGAUGGAAGUGUGUUGGGACCUGAACCCACUUCCCUCUCCCCUUUCCCCUCACCCCUCUGGCUCAGGCUAGAGGGACUGCUCCUCCUGAACUUCUUGUGGAAGGAGCAUUAGCUCCUGUCCCUUUCGUGGUCCGUGGUCUGUGCCUGCACCCUGGGCCUCUCCCGAGCCCCUGCCCCACAUCGUCUCGGGCUCCAGGAGCACAUCCAGUCUCCAUCCUGCUGCAGCGGCCAGACUGAGGGCAGUCUCUAGGUGCAGAGGCCCUGAGGGCCACAGCCACUCUCCCUGGGGCCUGUGGGAGUAGGCGCAGCUUCUGACAGGCCUGCUCAGGGGUUUCUGCAAGUGCACUUUUGUUUACUGAAAGAGAAGGAGGGUCACAGCUGCGUGCCUGGCCUUCCUGCCCACUGCCUCACCCCCAGCCACCAGUCAUGCCCUCUGAGGCCCGCCGGCACAGCUCACUGCCUUCUUUACUUCUCGUUGGUUCUUGAGGGCAGUGGCCAGGGAUCGGGAGGGGUACGUGUCCACUCUGCAGCCUGUACUGGGCAGGGGUGGGGGCAAGCAGCAAGGUCAUGGCUCGUGAGCCCGCCUUGGCCUCCCUAAGCCACACUCCUUGAACAGACUAGGCUCCCAUGCCACAGUCUGAUGUCUCUCCAUCUGUCUCCAGUAUGAGAGCAAGAAUGUCACCAGGGGCCCACAGUCACGUGGCCCCCUGCAGUCUUCCUUUGGGGAACAGCCUUGCUCCACCAGCAGCCUGGGCUGGCUGGAGCAUUAGCCAAGUCACCUCCUUCCUGGGACUAGAGCCUCAGUUUCCUCCUCUGAUAAGUGACCAGGCUGAGCAAGUAGCUCUGGGGUCACCUUAGUGGCCUAAUGCCGUUGGUUUCUGUGGGGUUCCUGUGCCUUGGCAGCCUGGACCCGAGGGGGAAGCCGGCUUCCAGGGGAGGGGAGAGGAUCGGGAAUUUACAGGGGCUGCCUGGCCUGCCUCCUUGAGGAGGGUGGCAUUCCAUGCCUUCUGCUUAUGAAGCGCCUUUCUUGAAGUUUGGCAAUAAAUCCCUUUUCAUGGAACUUUGCUGCCACAAGCCUGUUUGUUGGUGUGGGGACCAGCUCCAGGGCCUCAUGGAAGCAGAGGGUAGGUGGUGGUUGACCGGGCAUCACCUUUCCUCCAAGCUCUCAAGGGCCCACUUCUCAUAGGUCAGGCUGGGGGCCUCGCCCUCCCUCAGUGCUCCACCUUCGCUAAACUCGGCCAGGCGCUCCAGUCUCACCCCCUGCCCCCAACACGUUUCUACAGCCCGGAGGCUAAGUGUCACAGGGAACAAUGCUUUUCAGUUUUUAAAAACUUCAUUUGGAAAUAAUUUCAAACACAGAGAAAAGUUGCCAGAGUAAGUAUAGUACAGAGAACACGCAUAAACUCUACUCAGAUUGACCUGUUGGCUUGUCUUUCGAGUGCCUUCUCUCUGUAAUAUACACACAAUUUUUUUUCUGAGUCUUUGGAGAGUUAGUUAUCAUGGCCCCUUUCCCCUAAAUACUUCAGUGUGUAUAUUCUAAAAAUAAGCAUAUUCUCUCAUUAAUGAUAGUGCAGUUAUCAACUUCAGUAAAUUAACACCAGUAGAAUACUUACUGUUCAUAUUCUGAUUUUGUCGUUAGACCCAAUAAUACCGUUUAAUCACAUGUUGCCUCCAGUGUAGGGUUGAAUAUUACAUAGAUGUCUCUGAGUCUCCUUUAAAAUGAAAUGUUUGCAGAGCCUUUAUCUUUCAUGAUGUGGGUAUUUUUGAAGAAUACAGUCCUCCCCAGCUUUUUAAUAGAAUAUUGUUCAUUUGGGGUUGGUCUGCGGUUAGUUCAUAAUUAGAUCAAGGUUACAGAGUCUCAGCCAGAGAGCUGCAUAGGCGAUACUAGGUCCUUCUCAGGGAAUCACAUCUGGAAACACAACCUCCAUCCGACUUUUACUGGUGAUGUUUAUUUUGAUCACCCAGUCAAAGUGUCUGAUUUUUCUGUUGUAUGGUUUCAUAUUUUUCUCAUGUAACUAAUAAGCAAUCUGGGAGAGUUUUUAUUAAAGACCAUGCACAAAUAUGUUGCACCACAUCAAAAUUUCCCCUUAGAUCUAAUCUCCAUUGAUGAUUCUUGCCUGAGCAGGUGUUUCCUAUGAUGGUUCAAAAUGAUUCCAACUGUCAUUUUAACCUCAGAGCCUGGUCCUGGUUGGGGUGAUCCUGGGCCCUGCCUUAUGCCUGUGGCACCCCUAACACAUCUCAGCAGGACCCCAGGGCUUGCUGAGUGCUCUUUGGAAGCCCCUGGGCCAGUAGACAGAGCUCCAAGUCAAGUCAAGCUGCUGGGAAGGUGUCAAGUCCCACCCAGGGACUUCAGUGAAUCUCAGCCUCUCGGGGCCUCAGUUUCCUCACCCAUAAAAGGGGGAUUGCAGUGCCACCCGCUCCCCAUGUGGGAAGGCACCACAGUGCUCCCCAAAGGCCGGCUCCCUUCUUUAUCUGCGAGGGCUGCUGGAAAGGCCUGGUGAUCAACACAACAGGAAGCACCUGGCCCGGGCUUAUAGACUGUUCUAUGACUUUCGUAUCCCUCCUGAAUUCCCCUGCCACUGGCCUGACGUGUGUCCACCAUACGAAGUGGGUGAUCUGCAGAAGGUGGGGGACCCCAGGCGGAUCAUUUCACCUUAUCGGUAAGGAGGAACCAAGGUAAGGGAGAGAAGUCCCUUUAUUGACAGGGGCGUGCUCCCACCCUGGCCCAGGAACAAGGUCUCCUCCCGAGGGACGCCUUGAAGGGAGCAGCUGCUGGGAAGGUGUCAGUGGCCAGCCAGCCGCAAGACUGAGGAAGGAUGUGGUGAGAACUUUCUUUCCUUCUGGCCCUAGGGGCUGGAGGCCUGUGCAGAGAAACGGAGCCUUUUUCUUUUGAGUACACAUCCCCGAUAUCUCAGUGGCCUGAAGUCCUGUGGGGUUUUGCAAAACACAGGUGGCUGUCUUCGGGCGGGACCCAGGACAGAGCGGGAGGGUCUGGUGGGGAAGGGGGCAUCCAGAUUGCCCCUCCCUUUGCCCCCACCUGAGCCUGGGCCCUGGAAGCUCCCUGUGUCUUUCUGGAGCCACCAUAUUUUAUGCUCUCCAAGUCCUGUGUUCCUGCCUCCCAGCCUCCCUGACCCCUACUUUCACGUCCCAGACAUGAGGCAGGACUGUCAGAAAAGACCUCACGAACUCACUCAAGUGGAGGUUUCUGUGACAUUACGAGGAGGCUCUGUGGGGGACGUGGAGGGUGGAGAGGUGAUGGUGGAAAUUCUGCCCUGUUGUCAUAAUUGUAUUUACAAGAACAAAGUUCCUGGAGGAAGCAGCAGGGUGUAAGUAGAAAAACAUGACAACAUGACUUUAGAUUUGCAGGCAGACAUAUCUAGAUUCAAACCCCAGCCAUGAAUGAGUGACCUUACAGGUAAAAUGUGCCUCAGUUUUUCCUGUCUGUCAAAUGGGCUAAUUCUCCCUCCUUCACAGGAUUGUUGUGGAACGCUUAGCCCAUGGUCUGCCUCACAGAAGAUGAAGUUAGUAAACCCCAGCCACCCGGCCUCACAGAGUACCUACUACUUGGCAGGCCUGUUUUGGUCUCUCACUGUCACCAGUGGUCUCAUGAGGAAGAUGUAUUUCUGUUCACUCCUUUGACAGCUUAGGAAACUGAGGCUUAAACAACGUGCCUAGGAGACCACAGGUUAGUGUUGGGACCUGGGAUUUGACCCUCUGGGUUCCUGGCCUGGGGUGACACUCGACUGCUUCCUGUUUCUUCUCUGGAGCGUCUCUGACUUCAGAUGGACGCUCAGCCCAGGGGAAUUCGGGCUGACUUGGGGCUUGGGGCAUCCCCACCUUUCCUGGCCCCUGAAGGUCACCCCGAGGCUGGCCUGGCUCUCCACCAGCCAGCCAGGGCCCAAGGGAGAGGCUCGGGAGGCCCUUCCCUUAUAAGGACAACAACUCGGCAGUGAUGAAACUUCUCGGCCUCCCGGCUGGGUGGGCGGGGUAAGGGAAACAACAGGCUCCAACAGCUACAGCUGAGAGCCUGAGCCUCCACAGGAACUCGCCCACGAGCCUCCCUUCUCCCCUUCCUGUCGGCUCUGAGUGGGGCUUUCCAGAGGGUCCCACUGGCAGGAGUGGGGAGGAGGAGCCAGGGCCUGGGACGUCAGAGUGGGUGGUGACCCAUGGAGGGAAGAUGAGUAAACAGGCCAAGAGAGGGGACAGGACUCUUGCAGGCCCUGCAGGAAGCAUGCAGUCUGGACUCCAAGCUGUAGGCCUAUCUAGCCCAGCCCAGCCCUCAGGCUGGUCAGGCAGGUCUGGGCGAGAGAGUCGGGAGGAGGCAGGAGGAGGCCCUUGGGCAAGUGUCUUUCUCCCUUCGCCCUCUAAGGUCAAGUCCUAAAGGGGAGGAGAGCUGGGUGGGGGCUCAGCAGCCUGCAACAGGACCCUACUCUCCUCCUUCCUUAGCUGUGGCCCAACAAAACCUACCAGCCCGCGGUCCAUCUGAGAAACUAAUUGAGGAAUCACAGGCUAUCAGGACUGAUAAAGAUCUGGUCCAUCUGAGAAACUAAUUGAGGAAUCACAGGAUAUCAGGACUGAUAAGGAUCUCUGAGACCAUCUCCUGCUGGUUUUAGAGUGGAGGAAGUAACAUAACUGCUCAGAGGGAGGACCUGAA